AUGUCCCCUCGGGCCGCUGAAGCCGUCACCCGGCUUUCGCUCGGUGGCCCAGCCACCAACAGGAUGAGCUUCGGCUCAAUAUACGCCACGGCUCCAAACACUCCGAACACGGUCCGUUUUCCCGCUCCUCCCCCGUCCCAAGGAAUCGCGCCUACGGCACAAGCGCUUGCCCUGUUCGGCUGCGCGACGGCUCUGGAAAUUUUGUUCUGGAUCCCCACAUUCAGGUCAGGCUGGCCGGUUUUGGAGGAGAAGGAGUCUGUAGUGCUCUUCAUUGAGCGAUCGCUGGAGUCCUUCGCACCUCCAGCGGUUUGCGCACUACUCUCGCUAUACUUCGGCUCUCUAUUGACCGAAGUGCGGACGCUGCAGCCCCUGGUCAACCUCAUCGGAGAAGGACGGCCCACUCAUCGUACGGUUCGCCUCACCUACGCCGACAAGUCGUGGUUCACUGUCCCGUUGUUUGCUUGGGGAAACGGCGACACGGUGGUAUGGCUGGCGUGGACACUCUCCCUUGUAUCAAUGCUCUUACAACCUUUCGUGGGAGCCCUGUACUCAGUGCAUAGCGUCUGGCUGGUAUCUGGAGACCAUAUGGUCAUGGGUUUUUCGCAAGUCGGCCUCAAUCCCUCGGUCAACUUCAUGGACAUGAUCUCCUUCCAGGGUGCAUCGGGGUUCGCUGCUGCCACGGUGCUUUACGAUGGUAUUGGCGUCCCGCCUUUCGUUGACUCGCACGGAUACACUGUGGAGGCUUUCGAGCUGCCUCAUCUCGACACACUCAACAGCACUGUGCUAGCCGAGGUGGGUGCCAUCCGGUACCAGGCUUCUUGCGAAAGUCCUAUCUCGCUGGAAAUUUUCCUUGAUGGCGGACUGUACAUUAACACCACCGCCAUUUUCGGUGACUGCCAUGUCCCCCUGAAGGUCGCACACAACGGGUCCGACGUUUUUGGAGUCACUGCUUUACCUGACGUAGAGGAAUGUCAGACCUUCGCCUCUCAGCCCCUCCAGUAUCGCCCAGUGCUCUUUUACUUCCUUUCCGACGCCGACAAGUCGCUCGUGAUGUGUACGCCCUCCCUGGCGGCGGCGACUGUCUCGAUCCAGCUGGACGCUCAAUCAAAUGUGACGUCAGUCUUGUCAGCUACGGACAUCACUCUACCCUCCGACAUGGCCCGCAACAUUUACAAUGGCCUCUUCUUCAACGAAGACGAUCUCGAAAGUGAUGCUCUCGCACGGCUAUCCGGCAUACAGCAACAGAUCCCCAGCGCGAUCCUGCAGCUGGCGAGACUACGAUAUGAUGGCCUCCCUUCGACCGAUAGCCUAACGAACGCGACCACCACCAUUUACAACACAUAUCUCAGCCUGGUUGCUAAAUCGGUGUAUAUGGUCAGUCCUUCGGAGCCCCUCAAGAUCACCGUCCGGGUCGGCUCGAUGUCACUCCUGAAUAUGUUUUCGCCGCUCAUCACCCAUCUUUUCGUCGUCACUCUCGUUGUCCUGUUCAUCGGCACCGUCAUCCUUCACCACAUACACCGCUCCGCUCGCGGUGCUCUCUCGCCUCCCCCCGGUUGGGGCUCGCUCGCUGGUUCGCUACACCUCCUGGCGGAACCGGAGGUGCGCGCGAUGCUCGACGAGGCAUACCACGAGGUCGGGAAGGGACAAGACGGCUCUAAGGCGGACAGUCUCGUCAUGAGCCGGUGGGCCCUGGACGACGACACCGGGCGUGUCGUUGUUAUCCAAGCCCCGCAUCAAGGCCAACCGGCCUAA